GAGAUAGCGGCUAGAGUGACCCAUAGAUUGGAGACGGAAAAUGAAUGCCACGUGUCUAUGGUACAAUGCGGAGUUGCGGUUCUAACCCGAGAGGGCUGUCUUUUUCGUGGUCCCGGAAAUACAACGAACGACACUUCCUGUCGAGCUUCCGAGAGGAACGCGUGGCUAUGGCGAGAGAGGCAGGCGGCGGCGGCGGCUUCCACCGGGCUGGGGCGCUGAAACAGCAGAACAAGCCGCACAAAGGCGGGAGGCACCGCGGGAAGAAUGCGCGGAAGGAGGGAGGUCGGGUCCCUGCCAAGACACUCAGUCGGCAGCAGCACCAUAACUUGGCCAAAUUGGACCGCAGACACCGGGCCUGGCAGCUCCGCCGGCAGCGCAAGGAGGUGGUGUUGGAAGAAAAGCGGAACUUGGGUCGCAAGGGUGGACCACCACACCUGGUGGUGGUGGUGCCGCUGCAUGCUGGCGUGGCUAUCCAGGGAACUUUGAGCCUGUUUCAGAGCAGUGAGGCUUCCGUUGUGUGCCAAACUGAGAUGGGCCCACCAGGUUUUGCCUUGCUGUGCCCCCGAUCCAAGGUGCGAUGGCAUUUUGUGGUGGCUGAUGCAGGGAACCUUCACGUUGUGCUGGACCUUGCCAAGGUUGCUGAUACCCUCCUUUUUGUGUUGGAUCCUUACGAAGGCUGGGAUGCCACUGGAGACUACUGCCUCUCCUGCAUCUUUGCACAGGGCCUUCCCAGCUAUGGCCUUGCUGUUCAAGGUCUUUCUGACCAGCCACUAAAGAAGCAAAUAGACUGCCGGAAAAAGCUGUGCAAAGCCAUUGAGAAGAGAUUUCCUGAGGCCAGGCUCUUUCCCCUCAACACAGAGCGGGAGUCCGCACUUCUCUUGCAGCACCUUGCCAGCCAGAAGCAGCGGCACCUGGCCUUCCGAGACCGGCGGGCUCACUUGCUGGCCACUGUUGCUGAAUUUGUGCCUAACUCAGACUGUGCCUUGGUGGGGACUUUGAAGGUGACUGGCUACGUGAGGGGGCAGAACCUGAACGUGAACAGCUUGGUGCAUAUUGUGGGACAUGGGGACUUUCAGAUGAGCCAGGUGGAUGCCUCUCCAGAGCUCUUUGCACUGAACCUCAGAGCUGCAAAUAGACCUUCAAAGAGCAUGGAGGACCAGGGCGACCUUAUCAGUAGAGGAGAGCAAAUGGAGGAAGACGUGAAGGUCCUAAGCAAGGCCGAUGCCAGCAAGCAGGAAUCUCUGCAGUUGGAAGCGGUGCCCGAUCCCAUGGAUGGAGAGCAGACAUGGCCCACAGAAGAGGAGCUGAAGGAGGCAGAGGAAUCCCUCAAGCAGAGCAAGAAAGUAGCCAAGAGGGUCCCCAAAGGUACAUCUGCCUACCAGGCUGCCUGGAUCCUGGAUGGCAGCAACGAAUGGGAGGACGGCAGUGAGGAGGAAGAUGAGGAAGAUAAUUUUAUGGAUGAGGCCAUUUCCCAGGAUGGCAGCAGCAGCAGCGAGCAGGAGGAGGAGGAAGAGGUUGCCACAGAGGUAGAUGAGGGUGAGGCCAUGACGCUCCUGGAGACUCUGCAAGACGAUGACAAGAUGGAGGACGGGGAGGCAGUGCUGGAAAAGUACAGACAGGAGCGACAAGAGGAGAUGUUUCCGGAUGAGGUGGACACCCCACGGGACGUGCCGGCCUGGAUCCGGUUCCAAAAGUACAGAGGACUGAAAAGCUUCCGGACAUCUCCCUGGGACCCCAAAGAGAACCUGCCCAGCGAUUAUGCCCGGAUCUUCCAGUUCCGAGACUUCUCCCGGACAAGGAAGCACGUCUUCCGGCAGCUGGAGAGGGAGGAGAGCAACGGAGUGGAGGCCGGCUGUUACGUUACGCUGCACGUUUGUAGCGUCCCUGUCUCUGCCAUGGAGAGUUUCCGGCAGCAGCAGGUGCCUCUGGUGCUCUUCACCCUGCUUCCCUAUGAACAAAAGAUGUCUGUGCUCAACCUCCUGGUGAGACGCCACCCGGGUUACAGCGAGCCUGUCUGCUCCAAGGAGGAGGUGAUCGUCCACUGUGGCUUCCGCCGCUUCCGGGCCUCCCCGCUCUACUCCCAGCACAGUUCAGCUGACAAGCACAAGCUGGAGCAGUUCCUGCGGGCCGACACUGCCACAGUGGCCACCAUCUACGCCCCCAUCACUUUCCCACCUGCUUCCGUGCUGCUGUUCACACAGAGGGACAACGGUGUCCACAGUCUCCUGGCCACAGGCUCCCUGCUCAGUGUCGACCCCGACCGGCUGGUCAUCAAGCGGCUGGUGCUCAGUGGCCACCCUUCCAAGAUCCUCAGCAAGCUGGCUGUCGUGCGCUACAUGUUCUUCAACAGAGAGGACGUGUUGUGGUUUAAGCCCGUGGAGCUGCGGACCAAGUGGGGGCGGCGGGGACACAUCAAGGAGCCUCUGGGAACCCACGGCCACAUGAAGUGCCAGUUUGAUGGGCAGCUGAAGUCCCAGGACACGGUGCUCAUGGCUCUGUACAAGAGAGUCUUUCCACGGUGGACAUAUGAUCCCCACGUGCCAGAGCCACUCAGGAGCAGCGAGAACUCCCUGCCUUGCCCGGAGGAGGAAAUGGGCUAGCAGCUGCUGCUCAGGGCCCAGUUCUGCCUGACUUUGCACUUGGCCUGUGUUCAUUUGUAUCUUACUUAUUUUAGGGGCAAAAUAUUAUCUCCAAAUCAAAUCUU